AUGGCACCAGCACCAGCACCAGCAAAGCCCACCCUCAUCCCCAUCAACCUCCACAACCCCCCAGAACACGCCGAACUCCAAGCCCAACGCCGCCUCUGCGGCUGGGACUACACCGACGCCGCCCUGCUCGCCUGGCGCCAGAAGCAGGACGCCGGGCUGAAAUCCUUCUUCUGGAUCACCAUCCCCGCAGCGCUGGCCGAUACGAGCCCCCAGGCUGGUAGCACAGACCCAGAGACCGGCGCGAUCCGCGCAGGCCAUAUCUCGCUCGAUGCGUACGCCGAUCCGCCAGACCCUGAACUCGCGCGCGCCGAUCGCUCCAUCCUCACCAUCCAGACGUUCUUUGUGCGCCCGGAGUAUCGCUCCCUCGGUCUGGGCCGCGCGGCGAUGGAUCUGGUGGAGACGAUGGCCGGGCAGGAGCCCUACGGCAGUCCGCGGUGCCAGUACGUCGCCGUGACCAGCAUGAGCAAGCGCUACUACUACGAUGAGACCGCAGGCCCCGACGGCACGGGGCUGUGGGCGCUGCUGGGGCGCGAGGUCCCGCGCGUGUGCGCCGUGGAUUGGUAUGAACGCCGGGGGUAUGUGCGGUGGAAGUCGGAGAAGCGGUGGACCGAUGUCAGCCCUGAGGGCAAGGAGGUUAUCCUUGUGGCGGACUUUUUGAGGAAGCCAGUCCGAGCUGCAAGUGAAAGUAGCAGACAGUGGUGGUGGCUGUUGCCGCUGUCUGGGGCCAUACUGGGGAUGGUCUGGUGGAGGAAGAUCAACAUGACUGCGAGAGUAUAG